GCCAGAUUACCUGUUGUUUCUUUUCGUUUUCUCUCGAUACUGUGCUCUAAAGUGAAACAUUUCAAUUUUUUUGACUGUUUUGCGCAAUGAACGCAACGUGUCUGUACUUUCGUAAGUUGUUUUCGGGUUCGCGCGAGCUGAACUACGGGAACACACUGCUGGUGCAGCGCGAUAAUGGGCAAUGGUGGUUAGGAUACGUUCAGGACAUUGAUGGCCCUUCUUUCUACGUUGACUUCGAUGCCGGCAGCACCAGUCCGCGGUGGAUUCAUUCCAGCCGUCUCUGGCCGCACCGUUUCCUCACUCAUGAACCCCUGCCUGAGGGGUCCUCGGUGCAGGUAGCGCUGCGGCGUACCCAUGCAGAUCCGAUGGUUUUCUGGUCAGGUGCCAUCGUGGACGAUGUGAAAACCGAUCCGUUCUGCGUUGUUCGUGUGAACGGUGACAAAGCGGACGGAAUACAACGCCAGCAUAUUAUUCAUCGGAAUUACUGCGCCGAAAAGCUGCCAACCCCAGAGGAAGGGGGAAGCUUCUUCGAACGCGUUACGGGGUUUCUGUAUCGGAAACACAUCAUUACGUUUUCCAGCGCCUCCAUGUUGCCAGACGUGGAUUUCAUCGCGACGUUUUUAAUCCGUACAUGUCGAUUGGUUUUGGGCAAGGGUGGUAAUGUCUGCGAUGCGAGUUGCCAUUUUAAUCGAUUUGUAAGGGUGGACGAGAUGUAUUUCGCGUGCAACGAACACGAGGAGGUGGGUGGAUCUUAUCCGGUCGACGCAGGGUGUAGAAUGUUCGUGAGAGUCGGACUGGAUACCGUCACGUUUAUCUGUGCCGAAAUGCAUGGUGACAAUGACGGCUACAGCAUGUUGUGGGAUGAAGCCUGCCUGAGGAAAGCUUGCGAAGACUAUCUGAAGGAGAAUCUGACAGUGGCGCCAAGGGCUGUUGGCGCGAUCCCGUGGGGCACGCUGCAGCAAGACGCAAAGGAAAUGUCCAUAAGUGAUCUUUUGCAUCCGAUCGUGGCUUCGAUAAUGGGUUACCUGGAUGUGGAUUCGCAACUGCGGACCAGUAGGGUUUGCGCGCUAUGGAGAUCACUUUUCCUGCAGCAUGUAAAGGGUCGGCACAUCCAGUUGGAUCUCUGCCCAGCGUGCGAAAAAACCCCGCGUGAAUUGUCCGGACAGUAUGCUGAAUGGGUCGAUCUUGGUCCCAAAGAAGAGUAUUUCAUCUAUCUCAAAUACAAACUGAUAACCACGCUGAAUCGCGUAGUUCCUGCGCGAACGCAGAUGCUGGCGCUGACGGAAGACAGAAAUCAUGCUCAUGCUGGGUUCUCGGCCCGACUGACAUGGAUCAGCAACGUAUUAGCUGCGAUGGGCGUCCGUCUGCCAGUAAUUAUGGUGAAGAACGGCCGAGAAUCCGCUUUCUGGGGAUCAUGUUUCCUGUGCAUUGACUGUAACUUUCACAGUGGAACCUGGGAAUGCAAGGGGUUAGCGAAGCUGAUGACGGUGUGUGAGCAGUUGGUGCUGGUUAACAUCGCUACGGAUACAUUAGUCACCGGAACAGCAUACAAGAUGUUGACGAUAUCGGAUUUGCCGGUUGAGAAGGCAUUGAUGCGCCAGUACGGAUCGCUCAGUAACAACGCUCUAUGUCCAGUAACCAUACCUCGGCUACGCUUUCGCUCGGUGGACACAUCCGCUGAACAGAUACGCAUUCUUCUGGCCGCGGCCAACGAUCAGUGCCCGGCCGUCAGUCAGCGGGUGUAUGACAAGGUCGCAGCAGUGCAUGCGCGUUGGGUGAGAUCGCUGGCGUAUCCGGGUCAGUGGAAUGGUAUUCGCGUUUUUCUGCAACUGUUUAAUUCUCUGCGCCCGGAUGACACUCCACAGCGAUGGGAUACGAUGGAUCUUCGCCUACUCGAUGUUGCUGCUUUGACCCCUAUCACUUUCGCAGCGCUGAAUGGAUUGUACAGAGAUUAAAAUACUAUACUGGAAAUACGGUUUCGGGAUUGCUUACGUUCAACUGCAUCCUCCAUUCCAAGUUUUUUCGGUUUGUUUACCUUGCGCCGCGGCGGGCUCGACUGGCGGGCACUAGUACGACAAUCGUGUGAGACUGUCAGCGGAUUUUCUGGAAUGAUUUGAGAACUGAGUAUAAGCUGUUUUAUGUUUAUAGAGAAAGGAGAUCAUUCACACAGUAUAGUACGUAUCCAUAAUAUUCCCUUUUUUUCUGAUGCCGCUUUACAUUUUGGGUGAAGUUGCGGGUGCCUGAGCCUCCGUUAUCGUUAGUAGAAAGAUAUCAAUGUUAUAAUUAUAUGACGGAGUAAUGGUCUGCAUUUCCUGCUAAUUCAGUUGUACUCAUUUUAAGUACUUAACAGUAAAUUCUAAGCUUUUCCACGAACAAUUAAUUAAUUGAUCUCCUUUCGCUGUUGUAAUUUCUGUACAGAGUACUGUGACAACUGACGGUACAAAGAAAUCUAGUGUCUUAAGCAGUGCUAGUAACUAUUA